AUGUCCAUGAAUGCAAACACCAUGAUUUUCAUGAUCCUGGGCGCCUCUAUCGUUAUGGCAAUAGCUUGCUUGAUGGACAUGAAUGCGUUGCUGGACAGAUUUCACAAUUACAUCCUACCGCAUCUGAGAGGGGAAGACCGAGUUUGUCACUGCAACUGUGGCAGGCACCACGUCCAUUACGUCAUUCCGUAUGACGGGGAUCAGUCUGUGGUGGAUUCCUCAGAGAACUACUUUGUGACUGACAAUGUAACCAAGCAAGAGAUCGAUCUGAUGCUGGGACUGUUGCUGGGUUUUUGUAUCAGCUGGUUUCUGGUGUGGAUGGAUGGGGUUCUCCACUACGCUGUGCGAGCCUGGAGAACCAGCCGGCGGUACGACAAUUCCUGGUCUUGGAUUCCAAAGUUUUGUAACUUAAAGGAGUUCAGAAAACGUCACCACAGGCAGUACGAGGAGGCGACUGGGAACAUGGUGCACAUCAAACAGAAGCUGUACCAUAACGGGCAUCCCAGCCCGCGGCACCUCUGA